AGCCUUCCUUGGCGCAAUUUGUGGCGAGAAUAGCACGUCGAUUAUUGAGAACUGGUUUAACUUUAACGGUGCAACGGUAGCAGCCCAUGAACUGGGUCACAGCCUCGGGGCUGUUCACGAUGGAGACCAAAACCCAUGCCAGGCUAAUGACAGCUUUAUAAUGGCAGCCGAUUCCGGUCAGUCAACGGACGCGACUGCGCAGAAUCCUUGGUAUUUCUCUCCUUGUUCCGUUUCAGACUUCCGGAAGCAGAUUAAAACUCUCGACAUCGAAGCCAAUAACUGUCUACUGACCCAAAGCCCUGAUCUGGACCCCACGGCCUUAACCCCACUCCUGCAAAUCCCUCCGGGUCAGAAGUACGGUGUUGACACACAGUGUGCGUAUUUCUUAGGAAAUGGUUCUACGUUCUGCAGGAGCCUUUACAGCGAGGCCUCGUACCCGGAGUUAUGUGGGGGUAUGUUCUGUUCCAUUCCGGGAACAGAUAGGUGUGGGAAGACAGUACCGGCUCGGGGCACGUCGUGUGGCCCGAAUAAGUGGUGUGAGAGUGGCGCAUGCGUGUACAGUGCUGAAGCCCCGGAUGUACAAGCGUCCUGUCCGUUUGGGGAAUAUACGGGUAUCAUCGGAGAAGUGGACAUGACAUGCGCGGAGGUGAUUCAGUUUCUCCGUGUCGCCUGCUACCGCGAAGAUUUCAGCCAAAGGUGCUGUGAGUCCUGUCCUUCUAUACAAUCCGGUAUCCCCAAUUGUCAAUACGGCGACUGGGCUGAAGACUGCUCCAUUAGUGAUUGUGCUAACCCUGAUAGUUUAGAAGUGUGUUGCAAGACCUGCUAUGAAGCAAAUGCAACACAACCAACCACAACUGCGAACGUUCCUUCGAGAACAACCGCACCAAAAACAACGGAAGCCAUUCCGUCAACAGCGAUCAAAACUCCACCAACUACAAUUACCGUGUCGAAAUCUCCAACAACUGUUCUCUCAACAACAACCUAUAAUCCAACAGCCACGACAGCAGCGCCUACAGCUACAGCAAGUAUAACUCGAUCAGCUACAACUAUGUCCACAGCAACAGAAAGUGCAACUCAACCAGCGACAACUGUACCUUCAACCACAACAACCGACGAAGUGAACCCAGAUACAUUUCCUUGGGGAGAAUGGGCUGGUAUCAUAGCCGGAAUGUUGGUGUUGCUCGUCUUAGCCCCAGCUCUUGCUUGUUGUCUGGUGAAAUGCCGAAGGCAACCUAAGGAUCCAAUGGAUACGAUUUCGAACAAAGGAGAUGUUGAAAUUACUAAGUUUAAUCGCCCGCCCGUAUAUAUGAAUCGCACUCAUCAGCCGGGGUACGGAUGGACCGGAAACCAAACAUCACAACAAACCCAACCGGACGAAGGGAAUGAGGCAGAACAUGGAUUUGCACCUGCUAACAAGAAAACAAAAAGUAUCACUACUGAGAAAGAUGGCGAGACCAGUUGGAUUGUGAAUAACGCCUUCCUCGGCGACGACUAGCAUACUUCUGCCGUCUACUGAAC